AUGUCUCCUUCUUCAUUCACUUUAACUGUGGUCGUUCUUGAAGCGAUUGUUUUUCUCUACAACCGUCAAGUAGCAACAAUGCUUUCAAUGCAUCCAAGUUGUUCUGGUCGAUCAUCAACAAUUGAAAAUAAAUUGAAAAUGAGCGGAGGUGGUAAAGGCACCAAACAUUUAAUGCCGGGAAAUGUUUCAUUCCCGGUAGCAUGCCAUAACCAUCGAAAGAAUCUCAAAGCCGUGAAUGGAACAUCAAAUAAAAUCUCAGAAGCUUUGAAUAUAAAUCCAGAAAAGCUCAUUAAUGGUAAAGAGAAUGAUCUCAUUCAUAAAAUGAAUAAGGCUAAAAAGGGCAAUGGAGCUGCUGUUGAACAUUAUAUACAUAGUGUUCCAUAUAACACAGAAAAGAAUGAUGAAAGUGGAAAAGAUUCUGGAAAUGGGAAAGCUUUUAAAACCAUGGAAGCUUUGCAAGAGUAUCCAAAACAGAAUAAAAAUGAUAAGGAAAAUUAUCAGAAAAGAGAAAAAUUGGAGCAUUAUUUAAACAGUAUUCCUUAUGAUAAAAACUACAAAGUUGGAAGUAACGAAGAGAAUAAAAAAGUUACUAACAAUAAGGCAAACAUUAUUGAAAAAGAAACUGAUCCAAUGUUUCAUUCAAAAGCUGGGAAUCUUGCUAAAAAGAUAAAAGAAUAUAUUAAAAAUACAGACGAGUUCAAAAUUCAAAGUGGACUGGUAAAUCGUAACGAUGUUUUUAAUGCUCCACAAGAUGAUACUAAAAAUUUGAUAGAUAUCUCUUAUCUUUUAAUGUCUUUUGAUGAAGACGAGAGAGGUUCUGAGGAAAAUUUAAAAAGCGCAGCUGAAUUGUUUGUGGCCCUUCAUGAGUGUUACCAAAUCUAUUCAGUAACUCCUCUGAUUUUUGAAGUGGAGAUGGUUUUGAAGAAACUUGAGGAGGAGGGAAACAAAGACGAUCCAAUAAAAUUACUUGAAUAUUUUAGUGAAAAAAAUAUUAAAUAUCCAUUAUGGGAUUUGCUUAAAAUAAAAGAGGAUUCAAAAGUAUCUUCAGAUGAAGCGAUAGAAAAAUUUUCCAAAAUUAUUCAUAAAGCCGACAAUUUUCUUGCUAAGAAUACACAUUUGUUUUUUGAAAAUGACAACGAAUUAAUUCUUAAUAGAAUUGAUUCUCGCAUUGAAACAGCUGAUCUUGUUUUGGCAAGUAUCAAAAAAAUUCUGAAAAUUUUCAAUAAUUUCAAAGAUAAUUUUUCCGAAAACUAUUCGCAGUUAAAACGCUUAAAACCCAUCGAAAUGCACGAUUUAUUUGAAAAUUCUGAAUUGCUACAAAAGCUUUAUGAAGCUAUUUUGCCUGGAGAUGAAAUGAUGAAAUUUAAAUAA